CUCUAUUUAUGAAUUAUUUUCAUCAUGUUAAGUGCUCUGAGGAGUAGUUUCGAGACAAUAGAAUUAGUUCUCCCGAAAUCAGUGAAAAACCAUGCAGCAGUUUUUAGCGAUGGCGAAAACUCACGUGAUAAUCUUUGAAAAUGGUGGAAAUCCCCUCGAACAAAAGAACAAAAAGCAAAAAUUAGGCAAGGAAUUUCUGACACAGUCAUGGCGUCUGAAGAUGACGAGCGGCUUACAACAACAGAGUAUGUUCCAAGAAAGUUUAUCGAGGAGUACACAGAUCCUUAUCCUAAACAUGAGUUGGUUCAGGCAAGGGCAGCUCUUAUCAAGGGUGUUUGUGAGUGGUCAGAGAGGAAGGGCACCUUCAAACUGAAAGAAAAGCUAGGAAUACCAGACAAAAUCGAUACAAAUCGUGUUAUGUUUCUACUUCAGCGUGAUCAAGGAGUCACUAUUGGUCCCCCCUCAUACAGUUGGAAAUCUGACCGUAGUUUCGAACAGUUUGGUCUAAAUCAAAGCCAGAUACCAACCUAUGCAUCAGGAACACCUCAUCAGUUGAAUGCAUCUAGUUCAGGUAGUGUUGCGAAGCGGAAAUCUGAUAAUUUGAUAGUCGUGGGAGAAGAAAAACGACCUUGUCCGGAAUCAAUUGGAAUGAGUGGAAAAGCUACAGCUGGUAAUCUUAUUGUUGUUAGUCCCCUGAAACAGGAGGAGACGGAAGUUAGGAAACGAGCAAUUAGUCCAAUGAAAGUGAUUGAACCUGGAAAAUCGGUGCUCAAUAUUACAACUGUUAACUCCUCCUCAAGAUUUGUGGAUAAAUCCAUUGCAUCUGCAAUUUCUAUUGUCAAUAAAGUUUCCAGCUUGGGAUCGUCUGCCUCUGAUAGCUCCAGCUCUGCCAGUGCUGAAAGCGCAAGGCCAGUGUCUGGCACUACUUCUACGAUAAAAAAACCACCAGAAAAUGACUUCAAAAAGGAAGGACCUGAAUCUGUUAAAAAUGUGCAAAUCACUAACAUUCUUAAAUGUGACUACUGUGAACAUGAUGAAAAUGUGUCCAACAAGCUGAACAUGCAAAGUCAUUUAAAGAGCUCAAGGCAUUAUUCAGCUAGUGUUUAUGGAGUAAAGAAGACGGGCAACAAUGUUGAGUUGCUUGACGUCAAGAAAAAAUUGUAUGUUCUCGAACGUUCUGCUCUGCUUAAAAGCCAUAUUGUGAGAUGUCCCGAAUGUGGAAAAAUAUUUUGUAAUGUUUUCCAGUGUGGUUUGCAUUACAGGGUUAAGCAUUGUCAGACGGAUGUGAUGGAGAAAUAUGCCCUUGCCCCAGUAUCAGGAAUUAAGGUAGCUGAAUACACUGCACUGAACAUAACUAAGUGUCUAGUUUGUAAUGAAAGGUUUGACUCACUGAACCAUUUAAACCGGCAUGAACAAAGGAGGGGUCACUUUCCAUUUGAAAAUGUUAACACGGGUAAAAACAACAGUCUUCUGCUUUUUUCGAACAGUUUAGAUAAGAAAAUAGCUAUAAAAAACUACUGUUUGAUGAAAGCCCACAUUUUAAAGAUUCUUAAACGAAGAAGUCGACAAGAAUUGACCAUAGAAAUGUUCAUCCACACAGUGCAGAUCGAUAAGUCGUCUGUCAAAAGUCUUCCUCCCCUUGCCUCUAAUUCCACCACCCUCGAUAUUGUGAGUAAUGAUAUUGCAACAUGGAAAACCAUCAUGACGUUCCAUCGUUCGCGUUUAAUUGGUCAUGAUUCAAAAAAAGCUGACAAGAAGGUAAUGGCACAUUUGAAGGCACUCCGAGAUAGUAUCCUGAAUUCUCCUCCAUAGUAGCCUCCAGUCUCCUCCAUAGUAGCCAAUGCCAGUGACUAUUUUGAGGUUUCAACAUUUUAACCCAAUUGGACUGAAAGUCUGGGCUUGGGUUAACCAAUAAGGUUCCAUUAGGAAUUUGUAUUUUGUAAAGUUCCAGCUUCCAAAGAAUUUUCCAAUUACUGACAGGCAGUUGAAGCGGUCAUAUUUCCUUUAUUGUUAAGUACUUUUGUGUGUAAAACAGCAGGUGCAGGUGUCCUGCUAACACCACUGUCUGCUAUAUGUCGGUCAUUGCAGACAAAUCCACUGUAUUUGCUAUUAUUGUAAUGUUCACAGAUAAGAGCAGUUUGGAUUAAGUAAGUAUUCUAAAACACUUUGGUUACAAUAUGUCAUUUUUAAAGGAGUUUUGAAAGUAUCAGCCUCAUUUUGACCCCAGUUGGAGGUUUUGGUCAGAUGACCAUAGCCUCUUGGGUUGAUAUAAAAUCUGUAAAUAAACAGCAUAAUCUGGGUUGAUAAUACCCAUAAUAUGAUAUGUAUAAUGAGGUGUUUUAGAAUAGAAAUUGAUACCUCUCUGUCUGUCUUUACUGGUUGUCUCAAAAAACAACUCUUUGUAGAGCUGUCUUUUCACCCAGAACUUUGGCUACCACCUCCGUUUUAACUUAACCAUUGCAGUGCCUGUCGAGAAAACCAGUAUCUUCAGUUCCUUAUCAAUUCCUUAAGCCCAGGUGGCUGCUGUAAAUAUUUUGUUAUUGGCAAUAUCUUUAGAUGCGUAAGAAUGACCUUGCAUUAUGUUCAAGAGAUCAAUGUAAUUUGGGAUACAUGUAAUCAUCAUUAAUAAAGACUUUGUAAAAUGUA